GACACUCCCUUUUCACCAUUUAUCUCAAGAACAGUGAAUCUUUUGGAUAAUUCAUUAGAAACUCGUAACCAAGAACAACAUUGCACAUAGACUACAUGUUCUAAAAUUAUAGACACCGCCUACCCGGGCGAUUAUUCGGAGCGGUCGCAUUUUCCUCUGACACCAUUGUUUAUCUCUGCAGGUCAUUUGCCUUCGUUACACAUUGAUUGCGCACCUGCCUGGAGCUUCUUAGAUUCGAAAUGUUUUACUUACUGCCGAAUAUUCUGUCUAAUUGCAAUUUAAAAAAUUGUUUUAAUUUAACGAUAGAAACGAACCAUCACACGCGUAUUUUUAUAUGAAGAUGUAAUCUUCAGAUCCAGUGAUACUGAGGCAAACAGCAAUACUUACCAAGAAUACCAUCAAAAGCUGGAAUCAAAAUGAAAUUUACUUGUGAAAAAAAUUCUGUGAUUGUCCAUUCCUUACUUUGUGUCUUUGGAAUUGGCUCUUGGAUUGCCAUUAAUGGUAUUUGGGUUGAGUUACCAAUUCUUGUACAGAAUUUACCUGAGAAAUGGGAUCUUCCUUCAUACCUGUCUGUUGUCAUCCAACUUGCAAAUAUUGGUCCAAUAACCUACACCCUUAUCAGUGUGUUUCUGCCAAAUAUCCUGAAUGAAAAGAAAGUCAUAUUGACUCUUCUUAUUAUUGGCUCUUCAGCAUGUAUGCUGUUAUCAUUCUUUUGGGAUAAGGUUACGCUCAUUGCUGGAAGACAACACAGCUCUGCUUUGCUCAUCCUAGAAUUUUUUCUUGCCCUCGUUGACUGUACUUCAUCAGUUGCUUUUUUCCCAUUUGUUGCCAACUUUCAAGAAAAAUAUUUGAUUAGUUAUUUCAUUGGCGAAGGCUUAAGUGGCCUUUUACCCAGCUUUGUUGCUUUGGGGCAGGGUGCUAAAAAUGUAGAAUGUAUGAACAUUUCCAUAACUGAUGUCGAGAACAUUACAACAUACAAAUUAUAUCCUCAAUUGAUGCCACCUCACUUUCCUGUUCGGGAUUUCUUUCUCUUUCUCUUCACCAUGAUGCUGUUGUCUGGAAUCUCGUUCACAUUACUAAAUACUCUUUCAAUUUGUAAGAACGAAAUGGUAAUUAACGAGAAGACCUUCAUACGCAAAGACACUACAAUGACCCCAUCUCAAAGUCAACAGACCACAACUGUAGAGCUGAAUGACAGGGAUGCCUUUGUUUCCCCUUGUGACUGCAGUGAAGUUGGUGCUUCUGGGGAAUCAGUGGACCAUCUUUAUAGAGGCUCCAAUGACAGAAGUGAAAAUUCUGAUGAUGGAAAUAAUGACUUAGUUUAUGGCCGCACCAGGCAUAUUUCUCUGUCACUCUUCAUCUAUCUUAUAUUUCUAACAACAUUACUGAAUGCCCUAUCAAAUGGUGUUCUUCCUGCCAUACAGUCGUAUGCUUGCCUGCCCUAUGGUAACUAUCCCUAUUUUUUGUCUGUGUUACUGAACAUUAUGGCAAACCCAGUUACUUGUUUUGUGGCAUUUUUCUUACCCAGCACCAACGUAAUUGCUUUCUCCAUUACGACCUUAUUGGGUUUGAUCUUUGCUUCAUAUGAACUAACUUUGGCUGUUUUAAGUCCAAAUCCAUUUUUUAAGAAUGAAAGCUCUGGACCUGUUAUAUUGGUUAUAUCAUGGUGCCUUGUUGCAAUAUUUAUAACCUACUCCAAACUCUCCAUUGCAACAAUCUUCCGCAGACAAGGCAGGAAAGGUAUGUAUUGGUAUGGUGCUGUGUCCCAAGCAGGUUCAGCCGUAGGUUCCAUAAUAAUGUUUAUUUUAGUGAAUGUCUUACAUCUGUUUACCUCUGCUGAUGCUUGUGCUAAUAACUAGUUCAAUGUUUUCUGUGAAAUUAGUCAUGCUCCAUUCACACUCUUAUAUAAAUAUAUACUGAAGUAUUUUUCCAACAAUCAGUUGAAAUUGUUAAUACUAUUUUUUUUUAAUUUGGUGAAAAUGUUUUCUGAAUCAGCCUUCUAAAUAUAAAGAUUAAAAAGAAUUAAGGACUGUGCACCAAUUUUAUAAAAAUUGGAAUCACAGACAUGAAGCUAAUGAUUGUUAUAUUUUUACCAAUUGCAACUGGUAUUUUUUUAGUAUUUUUCCAUCAAUUCAUAUCAUAUUUAUUUUUUUUCAUUUUUAAAAAUAAUACUUCAUUGUUUCAGAAAACAUUUUUAAAGCCCUGAACAGCAAAAAACAUAUCUUAUAUUGAAGAACAGCUUUCCUAUAGUAUCGUAUAGACAUAAAUUACCAUUUUAUCAUGCAACAACCCAUAAUAGAAUAUUUACAGCUGUGAUUGUGUCAUACUUUGUUUUGUUUCUCCUCCAUAUAGACAAUAACAUAAUUAAGACUGGCCAUAAUGAAAUUGUAGCUGAGGUUGAAAAUGAUAAAUUUGAUUGGGGGGGGGGACUAUACAUUCAAGUCCAUUGAGGGGCUGUUGUGUCCAGUGUUUUAUUAUGGUUUUAGUCUAGAAAAGUGGUUCUCAACUAGGGUCCAUGUAAAUUUUACUAAACUUUAUCUGCAAUAAAUUGGUUUUACUUAAAGAAAUAUUUCAAUGAAUUUUUUUUUUAUACAUUUCAUUCUAAAAAUAUAAUAGGAUUUUUAAAGGAUCGAAUGGCUUUGAGGGUCCACCCAAGUAAAAUAGAAAUCAAAGAGGUCCAUGGUAAAAAAAAAAAUUGGAUGAGAACCACUGGUCUAGAAGGUGGGGAUGGGUUGUCCUUGACUUUCACCAGUCAAAUUGGUACUUGGAGGGGGUGAUGACAUUAUGGGUGGAUAGGACUAAGAUAUGGUUGGAGUUGAAUAUUGACGAUAUGAAUUGAAUUGCUGUAGUAAGAACAAUAGAAGCAGAGUGAGGAUGGUGUAUGCCUGUGACACAGCAGUUGGAGUUUGUUAUCAAUCAGGCAUGUGAUAAUAUAGAAUUUGUGUCUAGAAGCUGUGUCAUCUCAAAUAUGGAAAGUUUAUUCUAUUGUAGCUUCUGCUUGUGCUUUGUAGAGAAUCAGCAGCUGUUUUAGGGCUGAAAUAUUUUCCAAUAGAGAGGAAGGUUAUUUUUUGGGGGCUAUGAAUAUGAGACCAAUAAUUGCAAGAUGCAUAGAUGACAUUUGUAUAUUACGGAUUAAGGAGAAGUGAAGAGUUUUAUGCUUUACAUGAACUUUGAGGUACCAAGUAGGUUACAGGUGGAAAGGAGAAAGAAUAUGGUUGAUAUAACUGGAAUAUAUCACAGUUGAUGGUGUGUGGAUGAGAGAGAGCUCUGCCUACAAAGAAAACUGCCAUUUCCUCAAAUAUCUCAACGUCCCAAUUCCUUUUAAAAGCAGAUUUAAUGAAAAAAAAUCUUUUGCUCAUAUAAUUUUAGUUGACUAUAUUUUAAAUAUAUUAACAAAGUGGACAACAAACUAAACUGACUCUACAAAUGGAGAUGGUAUCAUAAAUCUUCAGUUAUUGGUUAAAUUGUAGAAUCUUUUUUUUUUUGUUUUUUUUUUCAAAGAAGAAUAUAUUUUUAGGUUUGCUGUUAAAUUUGUUCUCAUUUUAUUUCAUUUGAUCAUUUUUAUUGCUGUUAUAUAUUUUAGGGUUGAAUGUUGUUUUUAAAAAAUUGUGGUUAUUUUUUGAAAAACUACAAGAUCUGAUGAAUGAAUGACUUGAAAUUAUUUUUGUAAUUAAUUUUAUCAAUUUUGUUUUAAUUUAAUUUUUUCAUUUGACUAAUAAAUAAGUAUGGAAAAUUAAAAGUUUUCAUAAGUUAAUUUAUUUGUCUAAAUUUUACAAUGACUAGGAGGCAAAAAUAACAUCAUACAUUCUGUUAAUAUACAGUGUCCUGUAAAUAAAUUAUUUUUAAUAAAAAUGGUCCAAAACUAA